AUGAGCAGCGAUGUCUCACUGGCUCCGAAUCCCGAGAGCAAGGUCGAGAACCCAAGUGCAUAUUUCCAAAAACACCCUCCCGGCAUAACCUACGUCCAGUAUUCUCUCGACAAAGAAACCGAGUACCUGCCCCAGAUCCGCGAAUUAAUAUCUAAAGACCUUUCCGAACCUUACAGUAUCUAUGUCUACCGAUAUUUCCUCUAUCAAUGGGCGGAGCUGUGUUUCAUGGCAUUGGACACCACGGACAACAACAAGUUGGCGGGCGUGGUAAUAUGCAAAUUGGAACCGCAUCGAGGCGGGCCCCUGCGAGGGUAUAUCGCCAUGCUUGCGACUAAAGAUAGUUUUCGUGGAAAAGGUAUCGCUACGACCUUGGUCAGCAAAGCCAUCGACCUGAUGAUAGAGAAAGACGCGGAUGAAAUUGCGCUGGAGACCGAAGAGACAAAUACAGCAGCAAUGAAGCUCUACGAGCGGCUGGGAUUCCUUAGAAGCAAAAAGCUUCACCGAUACUACUUGAAUGGCAACAGUGCAUAUCGGUUGCUACUAUACUUGAAGGAGGGGGUGGGAAGUAUGCCAACCGACGAAUACUCUUACGGUGAUAUUCCCUUCCACGGAGAGGAUGACCAGGCCCACCAACAUCAAGAUGCUCAAGACAUUUUCAGCCAAGGCAUAGUCUGA